GUCAACGAUUGACGUGACAUUGAAUAUGCUACGAAAUGUUUUGAACGUGAUAUAGUUUUUUUGGAAAUUGCCAAUAAAAUGUUUGGGUGUUUUUGAAUUCUGUUCAACAUGGAUAUUCAAUUUAGUGGUUGUGUACAGCAGUUAAAUUGGUGAUUGUUUUUUUUUUCCCUAGAUUUGUAGUACUUAUUUAUUUUGACAUAUCAAAAAACAAAUCGUUGAAUCAUUUUGAGGAUGUCGACGGGUUUGAUGUUUCGGCGUGCACUUUGUUCCACACUGAGAAGUCAGCGUAUUCGCAGUGCAUCAUGUCAUUCAAAUUAUGCAACGAGCGAGUCCCCGUCAAGGUCAACGUUACAAAUAUUACCAAUUAAACACGGGAUCUACAGUUUCAUCAAGGUUCACCACUACAGCACACAAAAUGGACGUCAUUGGAAAACCAUUGAUAAAGCGUCACCAUCGUCAAACACUUCCUUUACCUUGAUGUCAUAUAAUAUACUCGCCCAACAUCAUGUUGAUUCGCAGCCUUCAUUAUAUCAUGACCAUAAUCCUGAUUCAUUGCGAUGGACACAUCGAUUCGAUGCACUCAAACAAGAAAUCACGGACAUUUCACCCGAUAUUCUAUGCCUGCAAGAAGUGCAACAAAAUCAUCUGAAGGAAAUUGCAAUACAUUUUGAUCAUUUGGGCUAUGAUACGUCAUUAUUUAAAAAGCGAACGGGGCUACAAGUGGACGGCUGUGCAAUUUUCUUCCGGAGAGAUUUAUUCGAUCUGAUUGAAUUCCACUUUGUCGACUAUUUUCAACCGAAUAUCAAAAUUUUGAAUCGAUGCAAUGUGGCAAUCAUCGCAAAAUUCGCUUUGAAAUCGCAUCCCGAUACCCAAUUUGUGGUAUCCACGACACAUUUGCUGUUCAAUCCAAAGCGACAUGAUAUUCGGCUAGCUCAAAUACAAGUAUUACUGGCCGAAUUGGAUCGGGUGGCUCGUGAUGAAAUCAACCAACACCAAACCGUGCCAAUCAUAUUGACUGGUGACUUUAAUAUUCAACAAAGCUCCGAAGUGUUUCGGCUUAUCAUUGGCGAGCACAUUGUACCUGGCAACCUGUUUGCCAAAAUGAAUUUCCAAUUUGGAAAAAUUAGUCAGAAUCUGUUACCUCGCGAGCUCGGAAUCUCGGAUAACUGUCAACACUUGGACGUCGUUAUCAACAGCAAUAGAUACCAAACGGCUUUGAAUGCAGGUGUACAGCAUGCAAAUUGUAGCCGAACGGUAGAGAAGCGCAUAAUAACCAGUGAUGAUAUCGAACAAUCGAAAUUACCAUUUAACACUGGUGUGAUAAAGCAUCAUUUAAAUUUGGUGCCAACGAUUUGCCCGACAAAACCAUUUGAAAUGGAUACAAUGCAUGCUUCAACGUGCCACCACAAUAAAUGGAUCAUGGUUGAUUAUAUAUUUUUUUCGGAAUCCAGCAAAUCAAUGGCAUCUUCAUCGAAAUUACGGCUACUUGAAAAUUAUCAAUUGCCUACAACGAUUGAAUGUUUAUCACGCAAUGGACCGAUACCAAACGAGACACUAGGCUCUGAUCACUAUUCGAUUGCGGCACGAUUUUCCAUCGAAUAAUGAACACACACGAAUUGUAUUUAAUUUAUUUGUUGUUAUAUAAAAUUCUAUGUCUAUAUAUAGACAGAGAAAAGCAAAAAAAAACAAAAACAAAAAAUGGAAUAAGAAUUACCUCGAUUAUUGUGCGUCGAGAAAAAUUGCAAAUGAUGACAAUAAAUAUAUUUUACGAAUUGUUGUUGAUUGGUGUUGAAUUAUGUACAUGGGAAGAGAAACAAAUAUAUUUUUUCGCCUGAAAAAUU